AUGGGCAAAGCCAGGGAUUCUGCACGCAUUCAGCGGGGUUCGUUAAUAGUGGUACCAAAAGAGGCCGAUUUAGGAUCUUAUUCAAGAGCUACCAAUCGGUUCGACACCGAUUCUGUUGGUACCCCAAGGUAG